AUGUCCCUCCCUCUCAGCGUGUGGGGCGCCAACAAGUACAGGAGCAGGUAUACACGAUACCGACCGCACCGGAUACUGCUUGACUGCUUCGCAUCCUGCGGUGGGCACGAACCGACAGACCAAAACCUCUUUAAAAUCCGGGCCCUUGACCAGCACUCGGAGGGGCAUCGCCCCCCAUUCCCCAAGCCCUCGCCGCCGCCGCCGCCGCCGCCAGCUAUCCCCUCCCCGCCUCGGCUCAGCCCCUCAUCAAUCGGAAUGGCCGCCGCCGCCCCGUCCACUUCGCGCCUCCUCCAUCACCACCAGACUACCACGGGCUACAAGCGUCAGCAGCAGCGACUGAGGUACUCCGCCAAUCCGUCUCAUUUGGCUCUGCGCCGCCACUCCAGCUGCCGCCUGUCCCCGGCCGGGGCGCUCCUGCCCGACCGCGUGACCCCGUUCUCUUACGGAGGGGACGACGAAUCUGACGACCACCCGCGGGAGGAGUGCGGCCUGGUGGGGAUCGUGGGCGACCCGGACGCCGCGUCGCUCUGCUACCUGGGCCUGCAGAAGCUGCAGCACCGCGGGGAGGAAGGCGCCGGGAUCGUCGCCGUGGGGGGAGACGGCAAGCUCAAGUCCGUGACCGGCCUGGGGCUCGUCGCCGAUGUCUUCGGCGACCCGUCCAGGCUCGCGUCGCUCCCCGGCCCCGCCGCAAUCGGGCACGUGCGCUACUCCACCGCCGGCGCCGCUGCGUCCCUGCGGAACGUGCAGCCGUUCCUGGCCGGCUACCGCUUCGGGCAGGUCGCCGUGGCGCACAACGGCAACCUCGUCAACUACCAGGCGCUGCGCAACAAGCUGGAGGCGCGGGGCUCCAUCUUCAACACGACCUCGGACACGGAGGUCAUCCUCCACCUCAUCGCGACGUCGCUCUCGCGGCCGCUGCUCGCUCGCAUCUGCGACGCCUGCGAGCGCCUUGCCGGGGCCUACUCGCUCCUGUUCCUCACGGCCGACAAGCUGUUCGCCGUGCGCGACCCGCACGGGUUCCGCCCGCUGGUGCUCGGCCGCCGCCCCAACGGCGCCGUCGCCUUCGCGUCCGAGACCUGCGCGCUGGACCUCAUCGACGCGACCUACGAGCGCGAGGUGGAGCCCGGGGAGGUGGUCAUGGUCGACCGCCGCGACAUGUCCGUGUCCUCGGCCUGCCUCGUGCCGCGCCUCCCACGCCGGGCCUGCGUCUUCGAGCACAUCUACUUCUCGCUCCCCAACUCCGUCGUGUUCUCGCACGACGUCCACGAGCGCCGCACCGCCUUCGGCCGCGCCCUCGCGGAGGAGUCCCCCGUACCGGACGCGGACGUGGUUAUCCCGGUGCCCGACUCCGGCUUCUACGCUGCGCUCGGGUUCUCCCGCGAGUCAGGGCUGGAGUUCCAGCAGGGCCUGAUCCGGUGGCACUACAGCGGCCGCAGCUUCAUCCAGCCGACGCAGGCCAUCCGCGACCUCGCUGUGAAGCUCAAGCUGGCCCCCGUGCACGGCGUGAUCCGGGGCAAGAGCGUGGUGGUGGUGGACGACUCCCUGGUGCGCGGCACCACGUCGAGCAAGAUCGUGCGGCUGCUCCGCGAAGCCGGCGCGCGCGAGGUGCACAUGCGCAUCGCGAGCCCGCCGGUGGUGGGGUCGUGCCUGUACGGCAUCGACACGCCCAGCGACGGCGAGCUGAUCUCGAACCGGAUGGACCUGGAGGGUGUGCGCCAGGAGAUCGGCAGCGACUCCCUCGCCUUCCUCUCGCUCGACAAGCUGCACGGCAUCUACGGCGCCGAGGCGGGUGACUACUGCGACGCGUGCUUCUCGCGCAAGUACCCCGUGCUGCCCACGCUGCCGGAGCCGACCUCCGAAUUCGAGGAGGAAGAGUGACUGGUGGCGAGCAGGUGAGCUCUGCUUUACCCAGCUCCUCUGCAUCUGUUGUUGUAACGUUAGGCUGCUAUCAGUAUCAAGUUUUGGAUGUGCUUGGAAACUUUGUGUGCCUGCAAGGCUGCAACUUUUAUUUUGUCACGUGUUCCGUCCCUGGUUUUCGUACUGAUACAGUACAGGUUACUCCAGUUUUAGACAUGAUAAAAAGCGUCAUCUUCUUUGUGUCA